AUGUUCAAAAGUAGUAAAAGCAGUAAACCAGCAAAACGAUCUAAAGGAGGGGGUGGAGGAGCGGAAUUAAUGCAACAGAUGGGAUUUCAAAUUCCCAACUUCGAUGAUCCGAUGAUGGGUGCUAUGGAUGAUAAUGACGAUGAUGCUGAUCUUGAAGCUGAAUUGAGAGAAAUGCAACAAGAAACCGGUGGUCAUGGAUCAAAACGCUCAAAAGCUGAUAAGAAAAAGACAGGUAAAGCUGCUCCAGAUCUUCAAUCGUUUCAUAAUGAUGUAAAUAAGCUUCUCAGUGAUAUUGAUAAACCAAUAAAUGAUGAUGAUUUAUCCGAUGUUGACGAAGAGGAUCUUCUUGCCGAGUUAAAAGAUAUUACUGGUGAUAUGGAAACUGAAAAACAAGACGCACCUACUGAAACAAGCCAAGUACAAUCGACAUCAAAUAAAAAUAUAUUAGCAGUACUACAAACACGUCAGGAUAUGUAUACAAAAGCUGUGCAAACAGUCAAAGUGAGCGGAGAUACUGCAAGAGCUCGACGGAUUGAACGACAACUUAAAUUUAUCCAAGAAUUAAUUCAAUCGGUUCGAACUGGUGCACCAAUUAAUGAAAGUGAAAUCCCACCUGAACUAUUUAUUGCUACUCCAUCGUCAUCUCAGCCUACAAAUGUUACACCAGAAGUACCUCUUCGAGCGCCUCCUCCACCGCCACCAGAACCAACUGCAACAUCCAUUUCAAACGAUAACAAAAUUAGCAUGCCUCAAACACCACCAGUAACAACUUCUAAUAAUGCCGAUGAUGCCAUAGCACAACUAAAAGCAUUGGCAUUACAAGCGACCAUCGCAGGUAAUAAAGAUAAAGCCAAAGAAUAUCUUAUUCAAAUGAAACAAUUACAAAAUAAAGCAACAGCUAGUUCGAUCCCUCCUCCUCUUGCACAAAUGGAAAUCCCUAAUAAUAAUCCUGCAGAAGAAAUUGCGUCUCCACUUGUUAUAACAUUAAAAGCACCUGAACCACGCACUAUUAUGGAAGCAUUACAACAGCGCCAACAAGAAUUAGUCAAACAACACAAAGAAGCCAUUAGUAAAGAGGACAAUUCUAAAGCAAGACGAAUGGAUCGACUUGUAAAACAAUAUCAAGAAGCUAUUGAUGCUACACAAAAAGGUCGUCCAUAUAAUUAUAGUGAAUUACCUGAUUUAGCGGGAUUUGCUCCCAUUCCUGUAGAAAAACCAAAGCCUCAAAUACAAUCAUCUGAUGCUAGUGCUAGAGCAUCGUUAAAAACAACUGAUUCACAUCAAUCAACACAACCUCAAAAACCGCGACCAAGUCUCCCUGUUGGUCCUAGUCCACCACCAACAUUGAAACCUGUAUCCAAUCCACAACAAGAUCAACAGGUACAAACGCUUCGUCUUAGACAAGAAAAAUUUCAAAGUCUUGCUUUAAAAGCUAAAAAAGAAGGUGACAUAGAAUCGGCUAAAAGAAAUCUUAUUGCCUCGAAAGAAAUCGAAAAAGCAAUUGUAUCAAUUGAAUCAGGAGUACCUAUCGAUACCAAACAAUUACCUGAACUACCAGAUGCAGGCUAUGAAUUCAUUCAGGAUGAUGAAAUUACAAAAGAAAUAGCAAACUUUGAUCGUGAAACAAUCUAUCAACGAUUACAAGAUGAUCUAUUACGGCAAAUGCAAUUAUGUGCACGUAAUCAACAAAUUUAUGCACAGAUGGAAGGUGCAAACAAUUCGAAACAAGCAAAUGAAUUUAAAACUCUUGAACAACGUUGCGCUCACGACUUAGAACGGUUAAGAAAAUGUUUUCAACAUGGUUCUAAAGCACCAUUAUUUCAUUAUGAAAAACGACAAAUGAAUAUUAUACAAGUUAAUAAUGAUUUAAGUGAUCAUGAAUUUGAGGUAAAAGUACUCCGUGGUAUAAAUUUACGUCUUCCUUCUGGCUAUUCAUCAACGUCACUUGAAACUUGUGUCAUUAUUGAAUUUCCUUAUCCACGCGAAACCCCUCAAACAGCGCGUACUCGUCAUGGAGCCGGUUCAAGCAUUGCUGAAUACCCCGAUUCAUUGCAUAAAUUUCAAAUCAAACGAACUGAUACAGAUUUAAAACGUGUAUUUAAACGAAAAGAAUUAAAAUUAUCAAUAUUUCAUAAAGCUGGCUUUCUUCGAGCGGAUCGUCUAUUGGGUACGGCAUCGGUGAAAUUAGCACCAUUCGAAGAAACCGCAACUAUACACGAAUCAGUUGAUAUUUUUGAUAAUGAACAUAAGAAAAAGCCUGAAGGAAAAUUAGAAGUUAAAAUACGUAUGAAAGAAGCAUUAGGACAAACAAAAUCUUCUGAAUCAUCAUUGCAGCAGUGGCUUGUUAUCGAUCGUUUUGAAGACAUCCCUCACAAUAGUAAACCAUCAACAUCACAAUCAAUAUCAACAGCUUCAUCGAUUACUGCUAUCUCACGGCUUGUUCCUACUAGCGAAUCUUUAGGCUUAUUGGCUAUAACUUUGGCAAAUAAUUUAAAUAACAAUAAUAAUGAUGAUGAUGAUGAUACGAUUGUAGAGAGCAGUCGAUCUAGUGGUAAUGAGUCCAAGCAUAGUAUCAGUCGAAAUAGUCAACAACCAGUUGUUUCUCAAAGUAUUCAAGUGCUGAAAUAUGAAGCAGAUUUGAUUAACGAACAGAUCGAACAAUUUGAAGAUCUUUUUACACAAGAUCAAAUUGAUCGAUUGCGAAUGAAACAACAAACACUUACGAAAACAAGUGAUGAAAUCAUUGUAAAUUUGCGCCAAGGAGGAAAAAAAGCUGUACAAGAACAUGUUCGAGGUCUUGAACAACUGAUAGAACAUUAUAGCAAAGAAAUAGAUGAGUAUCAUCAGCGAGAUGAAAACAAGAAAGCUGAUAUACUCGCGAAAAAAAAGGAUCUUGUUGCCAAAGAAAUUGAAACAUUUACAAGCAAACCUUAA